AUGCCUGGUGCGGAGGCGAGUAAGUUCCAAUACAAGGUAGAAGGGAAAGAUGUCUACGUCGACGGGUUGUGGCAACUCAAUAUUGUUGCGCCUGGAGAAUCUCUACAUAGAUCUCUAGAUGUGACACUAGAUCUCUUGUCGAUUGGUAAUAACACCGCGCUGCUACCUACGUCAAGCGCACUUAAUGCCCUGCAAUUAAGAUCGGACGAUCGUGCGUCCAACUUUCUCAUUCGUCUUCUCCAUCAGCCGCUGCCGGCAUCUUCCGUUCUUGCUAUCAAGUUCAUUCUACCCGUAAAGUCUGGCUUCACGGUCAGGUCUGACUUCCUUGAGCGGCGUCUGGAAGGUUACGAGCAUGCGCUGAGUGUCGAAAGUUUUCUGACGCCAAGAGAAGAGAUUAAAGCUCCUGAUUUCCGACGCCUGGAUAGUAAAUCUCCAUUGAGCCUACUCGAUCUUCUACCCCAUGCUGUUGGAGCCGUUCAAGUCCAGAGUGAACAGCGCCUAGCCAGUCUGGAGGCCGAGUUAGCGAACAGGUUAUCAUUCGCAUGGAUCUCACCUGAGCCAAUUGAAGAGAAACGCAUCGCAUGGAUUAAAGGCAAGGAGGACCUGGAGAGCGGGAGGCGCAUAUGGGAAGCCGCUCGAUCAUUGGGCAUCAAGGUGGUGAUCCUGGACCAUGAUGGCCACUGGUUUCAGAAGGACGAUGACCGCUGGAACUUUUUACGAGAAGCCUUUAUUCCUACCGAUAUCACCGCUGACCAGGGGUUCGUAGACCGCAUCGUGGCCGCGGUGCGUAGCUACGACAAACCUAUCCACGCGCUUGUGACGGUUAACAACGCUGGAGCAAUCGGCGCUGCACGAGCUUGUCAAAUAUUGGGGUUCCGGUCUGCGCCACCUGAGUCAUACAUCAUUGCUGGAGACAAGUUCAAGACGCGAGAGAUGGAGCCCGAUAACGGCGGAGCAUUCAAGAUCUUCAAUGUCGACGAGCUACGCACACGGCUGCGGUCCAAGACAGAUUCGCCCAUUAAGUACCCCGUAAUCGUAAAACCCUGUAUGGGGUGGGGUAGUGAGUGUGUUUCGAAAGUGCAGACCGAAGAAGAACUCAUUCAAGCAGUCGCGCGGGCUUCAAGUCGACACAGUGAAGGGCCAAACCCGCGGUCGGAUGUGAUGAUUGAGCCGUAUAUCGAGGGGCCCGAAGUUGAUGCUAAUUUUGUUCUGAUCGAAGGGGAUAUCAUCUUCUUUGAGGUUGCAGAUGACUUCCCCAAAGCUGGCGAAAAAGCUGGCGGAAAAGCCGGGAAUGCAUUGAACGGUUCCUUCAUGGAGACAGAUAUGGUUCUCCCGACAGGACUUUCCCCAAAAGAAAUUCAAGUUACCAAGGAUUCGAUUCAUCAAACCCUCUUGCGACAAGGCUUCCGCACCGGCGUCUUUCACUGCGAGGGGCGAAUUCGCUAUGCAUCCAAAGCGUACGAUACACGUGAUGGGAUUGUUGACUUGUAUCCCAGCGAUCGAUUACAAGGUAAUGAGGAACCCUCAUUCUACCUGCAUGAGAUCAAUGCUCGACCGGGUGGUUAUUUUGUGAGUAGUGCUACGCUGUUGACCUACGGUGUGGACUACUACGCCAAUCAUAUACUGGCCGCUCUCGGCGACUUUGAUCGAUGUCGUGCGCUGAGCGUACCUUUCUGUCAUGGCCCACAAUGGUGGCUUCAGGUCAUCAUUAUUCCGGAGGAUAAAAGUGGUGUGAUGAAAAGUCCUGACGCCGGUAAAGAGAUGUUGGAGCGGCAUGAAGAUUUACGAUUGGCCGUUGUAGACUAUAAGACGAUGAAGAAAAAGGGGGAUAUAUUACUCGGACCCAAGGCCAAAGUAUUCAGCUACCUAGCAUACUUUUCCGUGGCCAGUAGAAGGAGCAGAGAGGACUGUCUCCGGCUGGGACAGAAAGUACGAAGGAGUUUCACGUACGAAAUUGAAUAA